CACACUUCAAUCCGCAGAAACAAUCAACAGCUGUCCGGCAGUUGGCAAAGAAGUAAAAGCGUAUUAUAAUUUUGAGUUUUUUCGGCAGUUUAAAUAAACCACUGUUGAAAAUGACUUCGCCUUUGGAGAAUCUUGAAACUCAGUUGGAAAUGUUCAUCGAGAACGUGCGCCAAAUACGUAUAAUCGUUAGCGACUUCCAGCCCCAGGGUCAAAAUGUACUCAAUCAAAAGAUCAACAGUUUGGUGACUGGUCUACAGGAAAUCGACAAAUUACGACCACAGGUGCAGGAUGUGUACGUGCCUUUUGAGGUGUUCUUUGAUUACAUCGAUCAGGACAAGAAUCCACAACUCUAUACCAAGGAUUGUGUGGAAAAGGCGCUGGCAAAAAAUGAAGAAGUCAAAGGCAAAAUCGAAAGCCUGAAAAAGUUCAAGGCCAAUUUGCUGCUUGAAUUGUUCAAGACUUUUCCCACUGAAAUGAACAACUACAGAGCCUAUAGAAAAGAUUUGAUCUAAGUAAAUGGGAGAUCAUGCAUAAUGCUAGUUUUGUAAGCCUCAUUUAUACAUUUUGUAAGCCAAAAUAAACGCAUCUGUGUACUUAGAUAAUGCAA